AUGGCCGAAUGUAGAGGAAAGUCUGUUAUUAUAGCAAAUGGUACUGAUCAUGAUUCAUCGUCAACACAUUCGAAGUAUGCUGAAAACUCGGAUGUAAAAUAUUUGGAAUCACAACCGAGCACCGAUGCAAACGGUGUUUUUUCGCUAACAUCAAACAAAGAUCAGUUACCGUCGAGAAGAGACACGAGCGUUCGAGACAAUAAAAGUAGUAUUCGAUCAUCAAAACCAAAACCAAAAGAUGUUUCUACUAUAUCUGUUCAAACCGAAUGGACAUGGAAAGAUAUGGAAUUAUUGGAACAAUAUCGAGUUCGAGAAGAAACACCCGAACUCGUUGUCGAAGAUGAAAAAGAUGAAUCGGAGAAAGAAUAUACACCACCGGAAGCUGUUGUUAAGAUACCGGAAAGUCAAUCUCAAGAGCCAGACGAAUCAACGAUCGGUAGUCUACCUGAACCAAUUCUACAAUCGGUUGGACCGCCACCUAUCUUACAAUAUAAUCCUGAAUCAAAACAAAAAGACAUUCUUACCUCUGUACUUGGAGCACAUGAACAAACAAUUGAAAAGGAAUUAAAAGAAUUAGGUGUUCAUAUUCAUGGAAAUUUUCCAUGUGAAUUUUGUGGAAAAGACAUUUUAAAAUGGCCAACAAUUACUGAACAAGAAAAAUAUAAUCCUGAACAACUUUUUUGUUGUAGUGAAUAUCGUGAAUUUGUCGAAGCUGUUCUAGAAAUGCAAAAAGAAGAACAACAAAAGUUAGAUUCACAACCAAUUGAUAUUCAACCACACGCCAAAGCGAGAAGUAAACGAGCAAGACAAUUAGCUGAAGAAAGAGCAAAAACAAGAGUAUGGGAACGACAUUUAGCUGAACAAAAACGUCUAGAAGAACAAGUACAAAAAAUGACAGUUCAAUCAUCAUCAAAAUCUGAUAAUCGACGUCAAACUUUAUUACAGAAUAUGAUUAAAAAAAGUGAACGUAUUAAAGUAUCAGUAGCAGCUAAUUCUAAUACCAUCGACACGGUAGCAAAUGCCACUGAAAGAUUUAUUACAAAUGACAUACGUCAUCCUAGUCGAUAUCGUACUCGUAGUAUUUUGCAGAGUUCAAAUGCUUUAUCACCAGUUAGUUCAGCAUCAGUGCAUUCUGAAACAGCAAUAGCAGCAAAAAUGCGAACAUUUACCUAUCAAUUAUCGAAUUUAAAAUUUGUUGAAGAAGGAUGGACAUUACAACGACCACCAGAUUUUGAGUUUAGUUCUGAUGAUGAGACAGAUGAUGAGGAUGAACAAAUUCUUGUACCACGACAAAUAUCAACAUCAGCCAUCAAAAGAUAUGAAAAACCUUUAGUUCAACGAUUCUAUAGAGAUGGUUCUAAAGCAUGCAUUCUAUUUCCAAAUGCCUUCUCAGAUGAACCAUAUUCUCAAACAAAACAACUCGCUCAAUUCGAUCCAUUUGGCAAUGGUUAUUGUAAUUUUAUAAACGGUGAUCUAAGACUUCAUCUAACAGCUAUUGAAGGUAUCGAAUUAAAUUCUGAUGGUAGUCGUCGUAAACGUUGGAACUGGUGGAGUUCAUUGAAGCCAAGUGAUGUAGUUGCAGAUCAUGUUCAUGCACCACCGUUUCAACCCAUAUUGUUUCAUUUAAACGAACAAAUGGUCAUAAAAAUAUGUUCUCAAGAAAAAAUUUAUUUGACGUUUUCAGACGAGUUAGUUGAUUUAAAAUUUAAAGUUGGAGCAAAAUUAAAAGUUAACAAUGUCAAUAAUUUACCAUCACCGAGUAAAAUCGAUCCAAUGGAAAACUUUCUAAAAAAGAAAAAUGUUCAUUUAACACGAUUAUUAAAAAAUAUUCAAAUGGAAGCUCAACAAUAUGUGAAAUCUCAAGAAUCUCCUCGUAUACUAUCAAAUGUGCAUACUCAACAAAUAUCUUUGUCAGCAAUUCAUCAACAACAACAACGUCUACCUCGUCCAAUGAAAAAUACAUUAUUCCCACCGAUAAAACGAAAUGAAGAAAAAACACAAGCAAACAGAAAAAUUUAUCGAUCAAUUAUUGUUACUUAA